CCUCAGGACAUCAAGCCAAUGAGGGACCAAAUUGUCCGUGUGAAGAGAUACGAAAAGGUUCCCCUCAUCCUGGUGGGAAAUAAAGUCGACCUGGAAUCGGAACGGGAGGUCUUGUCAGCCGAAGGCCGAGCGUUGGCUCAGGAGUGGGGCUGUCCUUUCAUGGAGACAUCUGCCAAGAGCAAGACCAUGGUGGAUGAACUGUUUGCAGAGAUCGUGAGGCAAAUGAACUAUGCAUCCUUGCCUGAAAAGCAGGACCAGUGUUGUACAACCUGCGUUGUCCAGUGAAAGAGAGAAGCGAAACCUCAAUCAUGGCCAUACAAGAGCAGAUAAAACUCAGAGGAAAAUUUGCACAGAUGCUGCUUUGGAGAACCCUUUCCAGCCCAGGCUGCAGAACUGAGCCUUGAUCAAUCCUGUCUCUUUAGCACGUGUUUCCAGGCGUCGAGUGCAAAACGAAACAAAGAGGGUGAGCGAUGGCCGUGGAGAGACCCGUCGGCCAGCGACAGAAACGCUUAGCAUGUUUACCAUACGUUUUGGAAUCUGUUCUUUAAUCUCUUGAUCCUCUUUUGGUUACUUUUUUUUAAAAAUAGCUUUCUAAGUUCCUAUUAACGGCUAAUAUGCAAAGAUUCUUUUUUUUAAUAUUUUGAUUUCAUUAAUUGAUUUCCAAAACUUGUAUUUAUUAAACUCUAAACUCAGUAUUACCUACUCAAUGCCUUUUUGAGAGAGAGAGAGAGAGAGAGAAAGAGAAAUUAAUGGAGAAUAAAAUUGAGCCUUAAAUGAAUGGUUACUUCUGUAUAUUACCUCACAUCCAUGCUUGGUUUGCAAAAAAGAGAAAUGGUUUCCCUCUCGUCCCAAAUGUCAUUGGUUGAAACUUUGGAAAACGUUCUGUUUAGAUGUGACGGCGUCAUAGAAAGAUACUAAAAGAGUCAAGUUCUGUGAUGGCCAUUUCAUGAUGCGAAGUAACUGAGCAAGGCCUGGAGGCGUCCGGCAAGUUGUAUUAUGAUGUGUGUUCUCUGUUCUUACAUGGCGUUCAGAUCUUGGAGGUUUUGGGUUGUUGUUGUUUUAUUUUUAACAAAACUGAUUGUGUUGCAAAAUCACCAAUGCAUCUCCUAACUGUGUUCAUUUCCCAGUUUCCAAUGCUUUACUGAACUUGGUAAGGGGAAGUAACCCAUUGGCUUUGUGACCCAGAGCAGAUGCUAUCGCGAGUUUGCCCGACAGGAUUUAAGAUGACAGCCAGAGCACAUCAACACAUGAUAAAUCAAACCUAAAUUUAAAAGAAAAAAAAAAGACUUUACAUUUUCUAGUUCUUUAAAAAAUAAGACUUUUCUCUCCUAAUAUUAAUAUUUUGAAGCAAUAUUGGUUAGCUUUGCUUGGUGCCCGUUCUGCACUGCUUUUUCCCCCCCUUCUUAUUUGCUUUCUCCCCUGUUUUCCAGUGAACAGAGCAUUAGUUGGUAUGACAGGGCAAUCGCCUCAGCAGUCACUCAAUGCACAGACGCAUUGCUCAGCCAUUGCCUUCUGCUGAAUUCUCCUGAUUUUAAACUGUUUUUGUCUGGAUACUUGAAACUUUGGGGCAGCGGCACAGGUAUGGGGCAGAAUGAAGAGUUUAUCAAUAGUUGCCGUGUUCCGACUUUGACCCAACUGUCUGUUUCAGAGAAUUUUCUAGCAGUGAUCUGAAAAACCUUGUUCUUCCACCCACACUCAGUUUGAAUAACUGCAGCUUCCACAGAACUGCAGAUUUCAAGAGCCUGUCUUAAGUCAUUUGAAUGUACGCCUGAGAGAGAUCGACUCGCCCUGGAAUAGCCGAGAAUUUAUUGGCAGGGAACACCAAUAGUGCAGUACUCCUCUGAGGUGAGCCAGCUUUACAUCCGAAAGUAGAGACUACUAUCUGUAGUCUCCAUUGAGUCCUACAAACAAAAAGAAUUUAGCUUUUAACCUCUGGCUUCCCCAAUUGGAAAUGGGGCUGCCAGACAUUAAAGUUAGAUUCGCACUUUAAUAGAAGACACCCAACAAAAGAUUGCUUUCAAACUGUGCCCACCUGGCGAUGUGUCAGGAGAUACCUAGCAAAGGGGCACAGAAUUCAGAUUCUACCUUAUUUCUCAAGUGAGUGGAGCAGCUAUGUGGCAUUGCCACUAAAAACUCAUCACUUAUUUGCCCUUUAAAAUUUCAUUAAAACUGAAUUAGUGUCGAUACAUGGGGUAGUUUUAACAGGAAAGGCUAAACAGGAUCCAGACUGGGUGUCUUAAGGGAUAAGGGACCAAAUGUUCAGUGAUGGGUUUCUGUGUACGUCGCAGGGUGAGAAAUGAACACACACGUCUUGCAUCUCUUACCUGUGCCUCUGAAUUCUCACAUCUAUUCAAAUCACUUCAGGGAGGCUCUUCGAACAGGCCGUUUUCGGGUUGUUCCAAGGUUUUUCAUACCCCUUGUAUGGGGUGAGGUGAGGAGAGUGAGAUGCUUCUGGAAGAAGUGUCUCCUUUCUGUUCGCUUGCUCCCCUUUCUCCUAGUUGCACAGUAUGGCAGAUCAGGACCAACUCCUUCCUCUUACUCACCCCCCGAUGACUAUCUAGGGCACACAAACACAACUCUUUAUUGAGGCGGACCUACUCUCCGGUGGUGCGUUGUAAACGUCUGCAUGGACACCGCUAACAUGCCCAAAAGUACCUGAAGCAAUUAUACCUAUCUGUAUCCAAUGUACUGUACCAUUUUGCUGGUGAAAAGUUCCAAAAAAUAAAUAAGACAAAAUCUGGAAAUGGAUCAAAUGCCGAACUAGAAUUAAUGGGCAAAUGCUUUGUAACCUUUUUAAGAAAACGGCCUCCUCACUCCACCCGCCUGGUUUCAUUUGUUCUUCUUUUGUAAGACAAGCCUACGGUCCACCUGUUUGUAACUUUUUUAAUAAAAUAGAUACCUGUAUUACCAA